AUGGCAGACAGCCAGGAUGUGUUUAUUUUCAACAAGAAAGAGGAGCAGGGUGACAGCAGACUGAUGGCCGCAGAGUCCACUCUCACCUUUUCACUUGUUUCUCGUCAGGCUCCAUAUUUCUGGCCGUCCAACUGUUGGGAGCCUGAGAACACGGACUAUGCCAUUUACCUGUGCAAGAGGACCAUGCAGAACAAGACCAGGCUGGAGCUGGCAGAUUAUGAGGCGGAGAACCUCGCCAGGCUGCAGCGAGCCUUUGCCAGGAAGUGGGAGUUUAUCUACAUGCAGGCUGAGGCCCAGGUCAAGAUCGACAGGAAAAAGGAUAAAACCGAGAGGAAGAUCCUGGACAGCCAGGAGAGAGCCUUCUGGGACGUCCACAGACCUGUGCCUGGAUGUGUGAACACGACAGAGAUGGACAUCAGGAAAUGUAGACGCAUGAAGAACCCCCAUAGAGUUAAGAAGGUCAGUCUGAUAAGCUACACCGACCAGUACAUGGACUACGACCAGUUUGUGACGGCUCAGGAACCGGCUAAUCCCUGGACCAGCGACGACCCCUCCCUCUGGGAACUGGAGGCCAGUAAGGAGCCCAGUCAGCAGCGGGUGAAGAAGUGGGGGUUCUCUCUGGAGGAGGCGCUGAAGGACCCGGCGGGACAGGAGCUCUUCCUCAAGUUCCUGGAGUCAGAGUUUAGCUCAGAAAACCUGCGGAAGGGCACCAAAGAGGACGUAGAGAAAGAGGACCACAUCUACAAGCUGAUGAAAAGUGACAGCUACACACGCUUCCUGCGCUCCAACGUGUACCAGGACCUGCUGAUUGCAAAGAAGAAACCGGAAACGGAGCAGGGCCGACGCACCUCUCUGGAGAAGUUCACUCGCAGUGUGGGCAAGUCUCUGACGGGCAAACGGCUGACGGGUCUCAUGCAGUCGUCCUGACCAGGCUUGGAUGAAGAGUAGGAGGAACCGUACCCAGAAGAGCUGCUUGGCCCUGGGGAGCAGCUGGAAAAAGACCCUGGGGUGUUGGGUGUGGCUUUGGGAGGCGGAUGAUGGCGCCAAAACGAGCCCAGACUGCCACCAUGUUUGAAACUCACCUCAGAUCUGUUGAAGAGGACUGACAGCAUGCAAUAAGUCACCAGACCUGACACCAGGACAGUGCUGUCACAGUGUAGAGGAAAAAAACAAUCUUCUUAGGAGCUUUCUACUCAAAAGCCUGCACCACGCCAGGCUUUGUUGUCACUUGGUUUUUCUGUACUAUCUACACACAUGUUGCUAUAUGGCGCUGGAGAGGCUUUACUUUCAAUGAUAUAAACAUGGAAUGCAAAUGAGACUUAGAUUAAUGCUGUAGCUAGCUGUUUUAUCUCACGUCAUUCCCUAGGAUGAUAUAAGGGAAAGAGAGUGAGGAAGUAUACAUAUCCGCACUCUCGAGCUGAACUUCUGCUCAUUCCACACAUUGAUGUUCAAACAGGUGGAGUAGGACACCUGCUUUUUAGCAAAUGAGCUUUUUGAUCAUGUGGGAUGGCACAAGAUUGAAAACCUGUGCUUGUACAAGAGUGGUUUAGUCGGUUACAAUGCGUGUUUACAUGUCCUUCAAACUAAUGCCUGUUUUCAUGCUCAUUACAGACAGAAACUACAGAACUUUAUAUUAUUUCCUGUAAACACCUUGACCUGCUCUGGUACAGUAGGUCGUUCCUGGAAAGCAGGACACACACAACAUAUUCUAUAUCUAUUUCUUAGGUUAUUCAGCAUAUCUACAACAAUUCUACUUUCAUGUGUUAUCACUGCCACUGUCAUUUUUAACGAGAAUGUCUUCAAAGCAUUGUACAAACCACGCUGAACAAACAGAGGUGUGAUCUUGUUUUCAUCACAAGGUAUGGACAGGUUGAUCAUAUUACAAAAACAAAGUGUGUAACUUUAAAUGAGCGUGCUGAUAUAAUGUUAGGCUUUAAUCUUCUGAACAUUCCACUUUAGGCUGCCACAACAAGGUUUAUAGUGGACUGACCUCCAACCAUCCUCACAUAAUGUAAAGGGGACCAUGAUAAUAAACGAGGAAUGCAC